AUGACAACAGCUUCAAAACUGACAAGCAUUGAUACAACCACCUCAAAACCAACAAGCUCUGGUACAACCACCUCGAAACUGACAAGCUCCACUACAACUACUUCAAAACCAACAAGCACCACUAAAACUACUUCAAAACCAACAACAACUACUACAACCUCUACAACUACAAUGUCAACAACAGCCCGACCAAUACAAUCUGAUGGACAUGUGAUUCUUUUUCCAUAUGGAGAUCAAGUCAGUGAUAAAAGGCUGAAGGAUAGUUUGUCUGCUGAAAGAGCUGCAAAAACAAAUUUAAUCAGUCCCACUUUUAAGCCUAAGAUGUUCUUCACUUUUGGGGAAACUAUGUUGUCUUCAGUUUAUUCGAAUACCUUUCAAGCGGUAAUAACCACAGAUGGAACUUAUUCAUUUGUUUUAAUGUUGUAUGAAUUUGGAGGGAUGAACUGGAAUGUUUCAAAGCUUCCAUCCAAAAACGUUGUUAUUGGGUACAACAGUGGCAGUGGAUUCUUUAAAAAUGAUGAACAAAUGAACCUUCCAGACUCUGAAAAAUUUAGGCCUGAUCAGAGAAAAGGAGCAAAUGCAGGUACUUCAAACAAGAUUCUUCGUAGAGUCAACAGAAAUACACAUAAUGCUAGCCAAAGGUGUAUUUACAGAAAGGAUGGAGCUUUUAUUGAAGGUUGGCAAGAACGCUACUGGAUACCAACUAUACAGUCACCCUUAUUAAGCAAGAACAAAGGAUAUGACCUGGACCCAUAUACGUGGUGUUGUGAAGAGGUUGAUGAUCCAAAGUUCUGUGACUAUUAUAAAGUAAAAAGACCAAGCAUUACCUGUGAGGAAUACAGGCCUCCAGGUCAAGGGUUAGGGAAUGGAGAUCCCCACUUCUUCACUUUAGAUGGACUUCCCUUCACUUUCAAUGGUCUUGGAGAUUUUGUGCUACUUAAUAUUACUGAAUCCAAUGAUACAACCAGCUUUCAACUUCAUGCACGCACAGUCCAAACUGGUGAAGCUCAAGCCACAAACUUUGCAGCCUUUGCAGCUUGGCACAAAACAAUUACAGUCCAGAUGACCUUGAAAGGCAAUGAUACAAUUGAUGUGCAACUAAAUGAAGAUAAUGUGCAAUUCACUCCUACGGAAGGUAAUAAGGAAGUAUUUUAUGUAGAUAAUUUUUAUCUGGAGAAGAAAGGAAACUCAUCAGUGCUUGCUGUAUUUGAGAAUGGCAUUUCAUUAAAUGUAACAGCAGAAUUUGAAAUGUUAAGUAUCGUACCCAGUUUACCAAAAAUAUUUAUGAACAAAACACAAGGUCUUCUUGGAUUGUGGAAUGAUAAUCAAAAUGAUGAUUUCACAAUGCCCAAUGGGUCCAUUAUUCCAGCCAACAGCUCAGAAUCUACACUUUACAGAUAUGGAUUAACAUGGGAAGUGCCCAGUGACCAAUCUAUUUUCACAAUUCAAAGUGUUAUAGCAAGAACUGCAAACAAUAUGUUUACACCUGUAUUCCUGGAUGAGCUCCGGCAACAGAACAUAACGUUAUACAACAAGGGUGUCGCUGCAUGCAACACCAACACUCAAUGCAUUUAUGAUGUGGUCAGUACAGGAAAAAUAGAAAUUGGGUUGUCUACAGCAAAAACAUUCACACAAUUUAAUGAAGAUAUGAAAACACUAAAUUCAUUUCCACCUACAAUUGAAGGAAAUAGUGUUAUUUCUACAAAUCUGUCUGAACAAGUGAUUAGUCGCUACACAGUAAAACAACAUGGAAGUGUUGUAUUUAAUCCUUACAUAUCCAAGGAUCUAAAUAUAACAGCAAACGGAACUUUGAUUUGGCUUCCAACAAACAGAAAUGGAUUAACAGUAGAUGUUGAAGCUAUUGACUCUAAUAACCUAACCUCGGUCUUAAGACCACAGCUAGUGCUAUGUGACUGUGGUGAGAAUGGAGAAUGCAAUUUCAAUGACAGCACACGAAUCAAUCGUUCUUCUGUCUACAUAGCUGCAUGCAUAUGUAAAGAUGGAUUCAAUGAUUUGAGCUGCCGGUCUUCAGUUGAUAUCUGUCAGACCCUCACAUGCUUCACUGGAGUAAACUGCUCCUCGACUGGAUGUGGAUCAUGUCCUGCUGGUUUGAAUGGCGAUGGAAUACAGUGUUUGGACAUAGACGAGUGCAAAGGCAACAACUCAUGUUCUCCAAAUGCAACAUGUAUAAAUACUGUGAGAAGUUAUAAUUGUAUUUGCAAAGAAGGAUUUUCAGGCAAUGGGAUAUAUUGCAGUGAUAUUACUGAAUGUUCAACAUGUUCACCUAAUGCUGUCUGCAAAGAAACAGAAGGAAAAUUCAAAUGCAUUUGUAAUGAACGAUUCACAGGAAAUGGAACAACCUGCACACCACUGCCAGGACCAUGUGACUCUUCCCAGUGCUCUCCCACAUUCUGCAGGAAUGGUGGAACCUGCUCUCUCAAUCCUUCUCUAAACUGCACACCUGUCUGCCAGUGCCCAAGUCCGUAUACAGGAGAGCAGUGUACACUUGUAUCUUUGGUAUUCCUUGCAGCACAGUCACCAGAUCUUCCCAAGAGAGUAGUCAAUAUCACAUUGACUUUAACAAAUGUUAACGAAACUUCAGAAAUUAACUCAACUUUGGCUGAGAGCAUCAAAGAAAAGGUACUUGAAAAGGCAAAUAAAGUGCAACAAUUUAAUAAUAUUGCAGAACUUCGCUACUGGAAACGGGGAGGAAACGUGGUUGCUUCAUCUCAGUAUUUCUUCAAUUACAAUGGAAACAGGACCAUAAUUGAUUUUCUAAAUGAAAACUUGCAUUCUGCAAUUCUGACUGCCUUCAACAAUGCAGAACGUGCUGCGACUUCUGUUAGUGAAUUUGCACCUUUAAAUACGAGUGACAUUCAGGAUGUAUCUAGACUAACAUACAAUCAGCUACUGAAAUUCUUCAACUGCAAUAGUACUAUAUUUUCUGGUUAUGUGCUUCAAUGGGAUGAGCAACAUGGAGUCGUUUGCCGAUCUCCUUGUGACAUGGACUACUGUUUCAAUCAGGCAGAGUGUCAACAUCAGCCAACUGGACCUACGUGCAAAUGUAUUCCACGCACAAUAUAUGACAGUUUUGGUGAUCGCUGUGAGCACCUAGCAAUGAACCUCAGGGCCUUUUUUGGCAUUCUAUUUGGAGCUUUAGCAUUCUUGCUCUUAUUGAUGUUAGCCAUAUUUUUAAUUGUGUGGAAGUGCAAAUCAUCAGGAAGAUCAAGAUUCUCAAAUGACUCAGACAGCAUUACACCUGGAAACCGACAGAUAUUCUCUUGGCAAAGUAAUCCAUUUUCUUCUAAAAUAAAAGACACUGCCAUCUUGCCUUCUUUGGAUGAAAAGAAUCUGUCUCCAAUAACCUGGAAGCCACAUCUUGAUAAUGUCAAUCCAGCUGCAGAGAUAAAAAUUGAAAGACCAUCACUCAAACGGAUUGGAAGUGAUUCAGAAAUACCAUAACUCCAUCAGUCUGCCAUUGAGAGUUUCUCUGAUAUUCUCCACUAUACGUCAAGUGACUCACAGACAUAAUGUUUUGCUGCAAUAAAAAUCUCUUGCGGGUAUUCAUCAAAUUAUAUGUACUUGAAUAUUUUUAAUUACCUACACUUUAGAUCAACAUUAUUUUUUUAUUAUUUUAAAAUAUAAACAUUGUUAAAAUUAAUACUAAUUUUGUCAUAAUGUCAAUGAUGUAAUUGAAUCUCAAAGGUUUAUAGGUGUUAAUGAAUCUGUUUUGUUCCUACUCUCUGAUCAUAUAAGCAACUUAUUCUAUAUAGUCAAUUAUCAUUCAUGACAGUUUUAAAGUUACAAGUGCGUGAUUUUGUUAAACUAACUGGAUACUAUCAAUGCAGUCAUGCCUUUGACAAUACUUAAGUACAGGGACUUACAAAUCUGUUAAAAAUAUCAUUAAAACAUUACAUAGAACAUUACAGCACAGAAACAGGCCUCUUGGCCCUUCUUGGCCAUGCCGAACCAUUUUUCUGCCUAGUCCCACUGACCUGCACCUAGAAGUUGGUGAAAAAACUCCUACUUUUAAGUACAAAUAUAUCACUUUGCAUGGUAGGGUACAGAUGCAUCUCUAUCAAAGAAGAUGUAAGGCACUCAUUCCCUCCACUAACCUGCAGGUCACCCAUGGGCAAGGUAUAGCACCUGCUCAGCUCAUUGACCAAGGUCACAUCAAGCCAGGCAAGCAAGUGGUGGAUGGUACAUAAACAUACACAUUUUAGAGCACUUUAAUAAACUCAUGACUGUAUUUUAUAUUGACACUGGAAAUAAUUGUGCAUGUUUUGUAAAAGUUUUAGAUUCUGAUUUUUGGGAUAAAGUAUAUUUUGAAUAUGAAUUGUAUAGUUUAUCGUGAGGUGCAAUAGAGUUUGCACCACAUAUUGAUAUGCAUUUAAAUAUGUUAA